UCCAGACUAUAUAGAGAACAAGAGAGUUUUUAGAGGUUUUAUUAUGACAUCUAUAGUCAGCACACUUUAAUGUAUAGGAACAUCUAGCUUUGAUUGAUGAAAAGCCAAAUUUUUUUUUCGACGAUACAUGGGGGUUACCUCAGGGUCCAAAAUUGAUGAUGUCAUUUUUUUCAAAAUAAACCUGAAAUAAAUAAUCAGGAGUCACCCCAUAUUCAAACUUAAUAGAAACAAAUUAGUCCUGAAGCAGUUUAAAAGAUUUGGUCUUAUCCGCCCUCCUCCUUUAUGUUAUAAUUAAAAAAAGGACUUAGCUUUAGCUUAUUUAAUUUUUCAUGUAUUUUCAAAUUUAGAGCGAGCACUUCGAUCUUCGAUUAUAUUCGAACUCGAUUUAGACUACACAUUAUUUAGUAUCCGAGAAAACUGAACUGGUCCCAAACGAAGCAAUUAUUGAUUGGGACUCUUAUGACAUUGCAUUGCGAAGAAACAUUCGAGUAUACUUAUUUUUUUUAUUUCAAAGCUUCGUAUCUUUUUCUAAAGUACCUUUAAAAUUUUCCCUCUAUGAAAUAUUUAAAAUAUUAAUAUGUUAUAAUGAAUAUAUAAUUGAUUCAGUUUGUCACUUCACAAAAUUUUGCACUGUAGUCAGCUUAAACAUAUAAUAUGACGUCCUAUUUUCGAAAUUGAUAAAGCCAAUUUUCUCUUGUCUAUUUCUUUAAUCAGUUGAUUCAUAUAUCAAUUCUCUUGAGAAAAGAUGCUUUCCUGGUUUCGACAAAACAAUUUGUCUGUUGUUAACCAAAAGCAACGGUUGUUUGGUUCAGCAGAAAAUGCUCUGAUGCAGACGUCGCUACAUCAUCAAGGAUACACGAAAGUUGGUGAAGUCUUACAUCUUUGUGGACCUCGCAUUUCUCUUGAAAGAUUAUCUGCGGCCAUAUGUCUCCUCCAGCGCCGUCAUCCUAUUCUACGAAGUCGUCUUCAAAUCAAUUCUGAAAAGCCAGAUAGCUAUCUACUACAAGAAGAUGAUACGCUUCAACUUCAGAUACGAGAAAUACCACGAAAGCGGACCGAUCAUCUGGUAUUCUGGCGUCAAGAAUGGAGUGAUCGAGAAAAAAUAAUAACCGAUAUUGGUCAAGGACUUGCUGAAUUUUGGCUUCUACAGGAUCCAGAGGAUGACAACGAUGACAAUAGUCCACGGGAAGUAGUAGUCAUAUGUGAGCAUAGUGUUUGUGAUGGAUUAUCCUUGAGUAAUGUGGCACAUGAGCUCCUCACAGCCUUAACUGGUGAGAAUGACAACAUGUUUACUAAUUCAUUGGAUUGGCCAGUAACUAUGGAGACAGCGAUUCAAAGAAGUCUCUCCAUUGUUGGCAAACUGCUUACAUUUGGCAGAUUUAUCCUCGCAGCUUUAUACUUGCGCGCAAGCAAUACAUGGAGCAUUGCAAGAAUACCCAUAGCCAAUGUCGACUUUCUAUUAACUGAUAUGUGCGAUUACUGUCAUACUGAAAGCUGUUAUAGUACGUUGAACAAGGAAGAAACGCAAAAACUUGUAGAAAAAUGUCGUCACAAAGGUGUAACUGUAACAUCUGCUGUUAGCAGUGCUAUUCUAUAUGCUGCUUCUAUGCACAUAAAAUCUGAAGAUGAUCAUCCAUCUGCAUUACGCAUAUCUAUUGGAGCGGAUACUCGUAGACGAUGUGCACCGCCCAUUUCUAACCACGAUCUUAGUUAUCAAGUAUCAGGUAUUCUUCCGUUCAUAAUACCUACAAGAGAUAUGCCAACGACCUCUGAAGGCAUGUGGCAACUGGCAAAAACAUUCGGAGACUUUGUGAAGACGUCAGUUGACGCUGGUCAAAUUCUUGCUCUUGGCAUGAUCAUGGGAAAAAUCUUCCAAAAGACUUUAGGUGCACCCAAUUUUUCCGAACUUCCUACUUGUGGAAUCUCUAGUUGGGGUAUUUUACCAUUUUCGCAAGACUAUGGAAGAUGGAAACUUGUGGCAAUGACUCCUUUUGUUAACAUGAUUCAAGCAGCUAUGCCGUUCGCUACAUUACAAACUGUUAAUGGAGUCUUGACAAUUAUGUACGUUGGAGCUAGUCCUCUCAUUUCAAUAGGCAUCUUGGAAAAUUUGCGUGAUGACACGAUGCAUAAAUUGCAUCAAAUGAUUGAAGAUUGA